AGUUUUCUUGGCUUAGCAGACAAACUGACUUUGGCAGUUGCGAAUUUACUUCGCUUCGUCAUGGGCCUCGGUGCCGUUGAGAGGUGCCUAGAGAAUUUCUUCGAGAAAGUGGGCCGCGGGGUCGGCACCCAUCCAAUCAAAACUCUGGUUGGUAGUGUGGUCUUCACCAUCGCCUGCGGUGGCGGCUUUGCCUUUCUCAGUAGCGAGACACGGCCCGAGAAGCAGUGGGUGCCAGCAGGAUCACUGGCCCUGGAACACAAUGACUAUGUCUCCGCCACCUGGCCCGGCAAUGCGCGCUUCAACUUCUUCUCCGCGACCUGUGCGGAUGUGCCGGAGAGCGAGUGCGACAUCAUGGAUCCCAAGUACAUCAAAGCUUUCCACGAGAUCAAUGAGAAAGUGAAAAACAUCGUUGUGGAUGGUGACAAGUUGGUAGCCGACCUGGAUGAUGCUCACAAGAAGUCCGAAGGAGACAAUCGUCCUUGGACCAUCUAUGCUGGCGACUGGAGCUUCAGUGGAACGCCCCGUAGUGUGAACGGAUCGGUGGUCUUCGACGGCCGCAAGUGCUCCCAGUUCGGUCCCUUCUGCGCCAAGUCCAACUUGUUGGACGUGUUCAGGGAUGAUGACUAUGUCAUCACCAAUUUGAACAGUGACCAGAUCCUCCGGGCUGUAAACAACUGGGAGGGACAAGAGACCAUGUGCCCCUUGACCUUGGCCACUGCGGACUCUCCCUGCUACAAUGUCAACUGCCAGAAGUACACCACCCAGACAGAACGCCACAACUGCCGUGUGGCUGCCACCAGCUACUGCACUUCCAAGUGCCCCACCAUCACCCAGAUCAUCAACGGUGAGGAAGUCACGCGACCAGUGGACAUGGCGACAUGCCAGGACCGCGGUUGCAUCCAGCUUGGCGCCUUGGGAAGCGUGACAACCACCACACCGGCCGCAGGCAUGUUGAACACGGACCCGGGAGACGCGCCUGAGAGCGCCUUCGAGUUCCAAGCCACCAAGAUCAAGACCAUGGUGGGUGGAUUGGCAUCCAGUGGCACCUGGGAGUAUGCCAGUGGAAAACACAUCGCUGGCUUUUGGGCCUUGGAAAAGAUGGAGCUCUACUGUCCGAAGGAGGGUCGCACUGACCCCAUCGCCGACGAGUGGGAGCGGCAAGUGCUGUGCUUGUGCCCCGGUGACCCCGGUGGAGUCCAGGGAGAUCAGAUGGGUGUGGAUGCAGAUCCCCGCGCCGAGCCAAAGUUGGACUGCCCUGAGAACGAACUGCUGAAGUUCUCGGGUCCCUUGGGCCGAGUCAUUGGAUGUCUCUUCCAGCGUUCCUUGGGCGACGAGUUCGGCAACGCCAUCCGCGGAGAUAUCUCCAAGUUGACGGCCUCCUACGGCGUCAUCAUCGUGUACUGUGCAGUGAGCUGGCUGUCGAGACUACCGGGACUGGGGUUCAUGCUGGGCAAGUGCGACUCGGUGCACAGCGGCGUGGCGAUGGCCUUCAUUGCCGUAGCCAUCGUGGGGAUGUGCAUCGUGUCCACCCUGGGUUUGAUGGGCUACUUCCAGGUGCCCAACGGCAACUUGAACAACAAUUUGUACUUCCUGCUGCUGGGUCUGGGUGUGGAUGAUGCCUUUGUGCUGACCUCGGAGUUUUUGACCCACUCCAGGGAGGCCAAAGAGAAGGGCGGCAGCCUCAGUGUGCCUGAGCUCAUCGCCAAGACUGCGCGCACCGGUGGCAUCUCCGUCUUGAUCACCUCUGCAACCGAUGCCUUGGCCUUCUUGGUGGGCUCCACCACCGUGCUGCCCGCCCUCAGCUGGUUCUGCACCUAUGCAGGCGUGUCCAUUGUGCUUUGCUAUACCUUCCAGCUGACCGUGUUCCUGCCAUGUCUGGCAUUGAACGCCCGCCGUACCGCUGCCAGCAAAAUGGACUGCUGCUGUUGCUUCACUCGCCCAGAGCGUGGCCUGGACGAUGCACAGGGCUGCUGCUGCUGUUCCAAGUCGGUCUUCAAAGGCGGCGUACUGAAGAAAGGCUUGACCAAGUUCACUGAGAAGACCACCACGCCAGUGGGACAGGUGUUGACUUUCAUCAUCUUUGCCGUGAUUUCGGGCGUGGGCAUCUUUGGUACUACCAAAAUCUACAAGGACUUCAAACUCGAGUGGUUUAUCCCAGAUUCCUCCUAUGUGAACACCUUCUUCAACAUCAACCAGGACUACUUCUCCACAGGUACGCCCAUCACGGUGAACUUUCCGCAGUCCGAUGCCUUUGCCAUGCAGAGCAACCUGCACGAGGUCUAUGGAUAUCUCAACAGUUCCCAGCUGAUUAACCACGAUGUGGCCGUGGACAGUUGGUACAUGGAGUUUAUGGAGUGGGCCACCGAGCCCAACCAGGCUGCCACUGCGGACGACACCUUUACGCCUUCGCGCACGGACAGCAACGCUGUCUUCAGCCAGGAGACCGAGUUUUACACAGCGUUGUACACUUGGUAUCGUACCAACGUGGGAGCCCGUUACCGUGGCUCCAUUUUGUGGGCCAGCGAGGCCUGUAACCUGGAUGGCAACGCAGAUGCGGUCCCUGCAGGAUGCACUUUGUCCGAGGGAUUGAAGGCGUCGCGUUUCAACGCGGAGCUUUCCUUGGCAGCAACCAACCGUGGCACUGAUCGCUACGACACCAUGACUUCCAUGAGGAACCAGAUCACCGCGCUAUAUUCGGGUGCCUUCCCGUACAGCUUCGACUUCCUCUACUGGGAGGAGGUGGGUAUCAUCGACGAGGAGCUGAUUAAGAACCUGGCCAUCUGCGGCGCCGUCAUCCUGGUGGUGAUCUUUGCGCUGGUGCCCAACCCGCGCAUCGCCAUCUGGGUGGUGCUGUGCGUGGCCUUGUCAAUUGUGAACACCUUGGGCUACAUGUAUUUCUGGGAGGUUACCAUUAGCGGUGUCUCCACGAUCUACGUGCUAAUUUGUGUGGGUUUAGCCGUCGACUAUGCGGCACACAUUGCCCACAUGUUCAAGGAGUCCACUGGAACUCCCCGGGAGCGUGCCAUCAACGCUGUGGACCGUAUCGGUGUGUGCACCUUCAACGCGGUGCUCUCGACCCUCUUGGCGGUCGUGGUGGUUGGCUUCUCGGACAGCUACGUCUUCCGUAUCUUCUUCAAGGUGCUCUUUUUGGUGGUCACCAUCGCUGGUGCCCAUGGUCUGUGGUUGCUGCCCUCCAUCCUGUCCUUGGUGGGUGGCUGCAAGCCUUCAUCCGAGGUGUAUGCCGAAGGAGAGACGACGAAGGAGUAGGCAUUGAAGCUGGUUGGGUCGUUGGGUCUCCAAAGAGGGCCACAGAGACGAGCAAUUGAACAUGAGAUGUAUCUGAU